AUGUCUCUACCACUCUUCUUGGUGACACUCUUUAUAUCUGGAUCCCUGGGGAUUCCAUUUCGUUCGGGACCAAAGUACCAGACGGAUGACUAUUAUACCUAUGAGGGGAUCCAGGAGUAUCUGAAAGGCCUUGCCUACACUUAUAGCAACCGAGUAAAGUUGACGGAUAUUGGAAAGACCUACGAGAACCGAACACUCACCACCAUUACCAUUUCAAACGGAGAUCGGCGGACGGGAAAGAACGUGAUCUUUAUAGAUGCCGGAUUUCAUGCCAGGGAAUGGUUAACUCACACAGCUGCCUUAAAUAUCAUUGAUCAGCUGGUGGUGAACUUUAAAGAGAACCAGGAACUGCUAAAGGAUUAUGAUUGGGUUAUUCUACCCCUGGUGAACGCGGAUGGAUACACAUAUUCCCGGUCAGGAAAUGUGUUCAUAAAUGAAACUAUCACUUGCAAUGAACCGUUAACUUCAGAUCAUCAGAUUAAAUGCUGGCGGAAGAACAGAAAACCCAGUGCUGAAGAUUGCAUCGGCACUGAUCUUAACCGAAAUUUUGAAUAUGAUUGGGGCAAAGAAGGGGAUAUUAAUGAUCCAUGCUAUCUCGCAUUUAAGGGUAUUUCGCCAUUCUCGGAGCCCGAAUCUCAAGCUGUAAAAAGAGUGCUUCUCGAUCUGGUGAAAUCGGGACGUGGCAUAUUGUACCUAACGUUUCAUUCUGCCAUUUCCCUGAUUUUGUAUCCAUGGGGCUCAAAUGGAGACAAGGCCGAAAACUUUAAAGAGCACGAGGAGGUGGCUGAAGCUGGCCACAAAUUCCUGUCAUAUUUGCCGAGUGCAGUUGCACACAAUCUUUGGGGAGCGGGAAGCUGGAAUCAGAGCCGCCGGCGAUUUGGCCAGAUACGAGUGCAGUUGCAGUUGCAAGUUUCGGAGCUCCAGCGAUCCAGCGGAUUGCCAGAACGGCAGACACGGCAGAGCGUCAAAAGGCCGGAGCGACGGACGGUCGGUCUGUCGCUGGCCACAAAAGCAUAA